AUGGCCUCAUCGGGACGAGUACCGGCAUUCCCAGGCGGCGCACCUUUCCUGCAAAACGCUGAUCGUCUGCCUGCCACGGGCAACCUAGCGCCCGGCACAGGCGGCUCACUAUUGCCCGGCAACGCCACACAGCCAAGCAGUGCAUCUGCAUCAACCUCGCUCGUCGAUCGGGUCAGCGACUUUGUCAAAGACAACAAGAGAGCAGUCCUCGCAGCUGCGGGCGUCGUCUUGCUCUCUGGUGGGAUCUACUACUAUGCCAGCGCGAGCAAUGCCCCACGGACGAGGAAGGACAGGCGGUCGAGCAAGGAAGAAGGCGAGAGCGCUUCGGGUGAGGAGACAGACGCGAAUCAGGCCGGUCAGCCAGGUACAGCCGGCCGAAAGAAGCAUCGCAAGAGGAGGCCCGCAAAGAAAGCUACUUCUGCAACCGUCGAGGAGGCUGAUGCAUAUCCUACUGAUCAAGAGCUCAAGACUUGGUCGCGCGAGGACAAGCACGCAGCAGCAGACGCCCUCAAGGCCAAAGGCAACAGCUCCUACGCGAGCAAGAGCUUCGAGAAAGCCAUCGAAUAUUAUACUCAGGCGCUCAGACACGAAGAGGCAGCAGUCUACUUCUCCAACCGCGCUGCAUGCUAUGCAAACAUUGGGCAACCAGAGCGCGUCAUCGAAGACACAACAAAAGCCCUGGCCCUCGAUCCGACCUAUGUGAAAGCUCUCGUACGUCGAGCAAACGCAAGGGAGUCAACAGGCGAAGAGGAGAAGCUCUACGCAGCGCUUUGUGAUUUCACCGCAGCCGCAAUUCUGGAGCAGUUCAACACCCCAGCAACCGCGGAAGCGGUAGAGCGGGUCAUGAAGGCCUUCUCAGUCGCGAAAGCCCAGAGAAUCAUGGAAACAAGAGAGCCUCGCAUGCCGAGCCCGACCUUCAUCCGCGCCUACAUGGAAGCCUUCCGUCCCAGGGCACGACCAGACAUGCCAGCAGAAGCCGAACAGGGCGUACAGACACUGAGUCUGGCCUGCGAUGCGCUCGAUGCCAAGGACUACACCCACGCUUAUCAGCUCUUUGACGAGUCGCUUGGCCAAGGUAUCAGCUCUCCUGAGCUCGAAGCUUAUGCUCUCAACAUGCGAGGCACGAUGAGGUUCAUCAUGGGCAAAGCAAAGGAAGCCCUACCCGAUCUCGACAGAUCGACAGACCUGGCGCCCAGUGUCGCACAGACCUGGGUCAAGAAGGCAAGCGUCCACAUGGAGCUAGGACAGACCCAGGAUGCGUUUGCCGACUUUGAUCAGGCUGUCUCUGUCAAUCCUGAUGAUCCGGACAUAUAUUAUCAUCGCGGCCAGGUGCACUUCAUCAUGGGCGACUAUACAAAGGCAAUCGAAGAGUACAAGAAGUCUGUCACGCUCGAUCGAGCCUUCAUCUAUAGCCACAUCCAACUCGCAGUCGCAUACUACAAGGCAGGUUCCCAAGCGAGAGCACUCAAGGCGUUCGAAAAAGGCCUGCGUGAAUUCGGUACCACGAGCGGCGAGAUACAUAAUUACUAUGGCGAGGUCUUGCUCGAUCUCAAGAAAUUCGAAGAAGCCUAUGCUGCUUUUGCCAAAGCCGUCGAAAUGAAUCUUGCGGGUCCAAAACCAGUCAACGUGCUGCCAUUAGUGAACCAGGCGCUCUGUGUCUUCACGUGGAAUCAAGACUUUGCGCAAGCCGAGCAACUAUGUCAACGCGCCAUCACAAUCGACGAGAAUUGCGAUGUUGCCGUGGCGACAUGCGCGCAGCUCAAGCUACAGCAGAACCAGAUUCCGGCAGCUGCAAAGCUGUUCAACCGAGCUGUCGAGCUGGCCAGAACAGAGGUCGAGCUCGUCAAUGCCAUCUCAUAUGUCGCGGCAGCAGAAGCUCAACUAGACUUUGUCAAACAUUACCCAGAGCAAGCAGCGCAAUUCAAGCUGGGGUCAGAUGCAUGA